ACACACCCACUGAUAAAAAAGUAAAAUGGCCCAAAUUUGUCACUUUUUACUAGUUUUUUCAAUAUAUUUUCUGUUUUUUUCUGUGGCAAAGAAGCAUAACCAGAUCACCAAACUCAACAAAUUGACCGAGUCAAGAAGAUCAGAGAAUCCGCCAGCUGGGGAACCAUGGACAGAAGAAGAUAUUUCAAACUUCUCUCCUGUACUUUCUAUUGAACCUCAACAAGGAUCAAAGGAAGCAGACAGGGUUGAUAGGCUUCCAGGUCAACUACAAGUGGACUUUGAUCAUUUUGCAGGCUAUAUAACAGUCGAUUUAAAGGCUGGAAGGGCAUUGUUCUAUUACUUUGUUGAAUCACCUCACAAUUCAUCAACCAAACCUCUCCUCCUCUGGCUAAAUGGAGGGCCAGGGUGCUCGUCGUUUGGAUACGGAGCCAUGGAAGAACUUGGACCCUUCCGAGUCAACAGUGAUGGGAAAACACUUUAUCGCAACGACUAUGCAUGGAAUAAUGUGGCUAAUGUGCUGUUCUUGGAGUCACCUGCUGGAGUUGGAUUCUCGUAUUCAAACAAAACGUCUGACUACACAACCGCAGGAGACAAGCAAACAGCGAAAGACUCAUACACUUUCCUCAUCAACUGGCUUGAAAGAUUCCCCGAAUACAAAACCCGAGAUUUCUUUAUUACAGGUGAAAGCUACGCAGGUCACUAUGUACCUCAACUCGCAUCCCUCAUUCUCUCAGAAAACAAGAAGACAAACCAAAAGAUUAUUAAUCUUCACGGGAUUGCAAUUGGGAAUGCUUGGCUAGAUGACAAUAUAUCUAAUCAAGGGAUGUUCGACUACUUAUGGACACAUGCCCUAAUCUCCGAUGAGACAAAUGCAGGAAUCAAAAAGUACUGUGACUAUAUUUCUGGGAAUUUCCCAGAAAAGUGCAAUCAGUAUUUAAACCAAGGAAUCAGUGAACUUGGUAGAAUUGAUAUAUACAACAUCUAUGCACCACUAUGUGAUAACACCACACAGAAACUUGGAUCCGGAUCUGUCAAGAACUUUGAUCCUUGCUCUAGUCUUUAUGUGUCUUCAUAUCUGAAUCAAGCAAAAGUUCAAGAAGCUCUGCAUGCCCGAAAUACCUCAUGGAGACAUUGCAGCAGUUUUGACUGGCCAGAUAGCCCAACGACCGUUUUGCCUAUUAUCAAUCAACUAAUUGGAUAUGGUAUUAGUGUCUGGAUAUACAGUGGUGACACUGAUGGAAUUGUCCCAGUAACAUCCUCAAGGUACUCCAUAAACAAGUUGAAGCUUCCAGUAGAGUCUGCUUGGAGGCCAUGGUACUAUAAUAAAGAGGUUGGAGGAUAUGUGGUAGGCUACAAAGGAGCUGUACUUACCACAGUGAGAGGUGCAGGGCAUGCAGUCCCAAGCUACCAACCAGAAAGAGCAUUGUUGAUGAUUUCAUCAUUCCUUGAGGGCAAACUUCCUCCAUCUUUGACUGAAUAAUCCUUAUAGGUCGUUUACACCAUGCAAAAAGACAAGACAUAAUCAAGUUGUAUCCGAUCUUAUUGGAAAUAUAGAAAGGUCAUUUACAGCAUGGAAAAUUUAUAUAUAAUAAUAAAUAUGCCUCUUUAAUCA